AUGUAUGCUCUCAAGAGGAAAAGAGAAUCUGAGCAAACCUGCAUCCACCACUAUCAACCUGCAGACUUCCAAUUCUCACUCCCAUGUCGUCUUAUUCCUAAAGAAGCCAAUCAUUGUGACUGCGGUUUGAAUUUUAAAGUCCACAGCGACCUACCCCCACCCCCGCCACUCCAAGUCGCAGAAUCUCCACAGAGCUGCAGGACGAGGGUGCUGGCACCCCCAAUGCUGCUCCUCGUGCUCUUGGGAGCCUUGGCCCUGAGGGACACUUGGGCGGGCUCCCACUCCCUGAGGUAUUUCGACACCUCCGUGUCCCGCCCCGGCGGGGCGCCCCGCUUCAUCUCCGUGGGCUACGUGGACGACACGCAGUUCGUGCGCUUCGACAGCGACGCCGAGAAUCCCAGGAUGGAGCCCCGGGCGCCCUGGAUGGAGAAGAUGGGGCCAGAGUAUUGGGAACGGGAGACACAGACCUCCAAGUGCAAUUUACAGAGUCACCAAGUGAGCCUCAACACCCUGCGCGGCUACUACAACCAGAGCGCAGGCGGCUCUCACACCUUCCAGAGGAUGUAUGGCUGCGACGUGGGGACAGAUGGGCGCCUCCUCCGCGGGUACCUUCAGGACGCCUAUGAUGGCGCGGAUUACAUCGCCCUGAAUGAAGACCUGUGCUCCUGGACCACCGCAGAUGCAGUGGCUGAGAUCACCAAGAGGAAGGGGGAGGCAGCCGGUGACGCAGAGAGCUUCAGGGCCUACUUGGAAGGAGAUUGCUGGAAGUAUCUUGCAGGCUACCUGGAGAAAGGGAAGGAGUCCCUGCAGCGCACAGGCAGCUUUCUUCCCACAGGUGUAAAACCAGAAACCUAUGCUCCAGCUGCCUUCAUUGCUCCGGGAUGCAAUGGUGCACUUCGGCCAACAGAUGGCGACAUAGACCGAAGUUUAAGCUGUUUUUCUUCGGCUGUGGUGGAAAUCCCCGUGGAAACCCGACUAUUCACAGGGGCUGUCCCCAAGCAGCCUUUGCCUCUCUCUUCUUUCUCACAUUACAUCAAUCUGCGAGGUUCUGACAGCGGCGACGGUGGGAUACGGAAAACCACGGACAGGAGAAGAGGUGAUAGGCAGCUUUCUAGACCAGCCCCUGAAGCCCUCCUGCUUCCCAGGGACCCAAUUGUAGGGGUCAGGCUGGAGGACAAGUGGGCGACCUGGGUCAGUCCCCGCAUCCUGUAG